UGUUCCGCCUCUUGUCUGUUUGUGUGUGAAGUCAAAGGGGAGAGACCCAAAAAACAAACUGAAACCUUGAAUAAGCAGCAGACGCUGAUUGUUUGCCCUGGACCGUAACAAAAGCCGCAGUGACAUGGAGGUCAGCGCUGAGGCCAAGAGGAUCAUGGUCGUGGCUUUGGGGAAACUAUACAGCUCUCGAACUCAGCGAGGGGGUCUCCGUCUCCACCGGAGCCUCCUGCUCACUCUGGUGAUGAAAUCUGCCCGGGACAUGUACCACGCGGCCCAGGCGACUGUGGGUUGUGUUGCCGCUGAGGAUGUGCAGCAGCCCCCUCCGACAGAGACGAGCGCAAACGCGGCUGGAGCCCGGCUGGGGGAGGAGGAGGAGGUGCCGUCGGUGUCCCCCUUGCCCGUCACCCGACCCCCUCUGCGCUGCGAUUCAUACACACUGACCGGCGGAGAAAACAAGGAAAAUCAGGGCCCAUCUGGCCCCCCGCGACACGCAAGGAAGAGACGGGGUAUGGUGGCCGCAGAGCCGGACUUUCUGCCUUGCAAAAAGGCAAAACUUGAACAGGGGGCCUGCCUUAAACAGGUCGCUUUGAAUGCUGUGUUGGUGGACUAUGGGAACUGUGGGAGUGAACUGGGAGCACACCCGAGCCCGGUGCCGGUACCGAGAGCUAUUGCAGCUUUUUGAAACAACGGGAUCAUUUGAGAUCAGGACGGCCUACUGAGCGGGGAGCUUGGAGGCGCAGCAGCGCACCGACCAGCCGAUGGUCCCAGACGUACAACGAGCCCCCGGGCAAAGUAUGUGAACUAGCCGGGGCAGGUUUAAGGAGGCAGCUUGGUGCGAAACAAUGCCACUGACAUUCGGCCUAAAAUGCGCCAUAUGGGACAGCUUUUAACUUUGUCUAGAGGCGGAUCUAGGCAUUUUAAUUGAAAAUCCAUGGCUUUCCACCAAGGAGGAUAGUUUGGACGCAUUCCAGUUUACUUCCUCCCUGAAAGAUGAUGAUUUAUACAAACAAAGACUGUUUAAUAUAAGCAGAUACUGAACAGGUUGUAUAGCCUGUUCAUCCAGUGACAUGCUUAUGAGAGUGAUGAAGUUUCUGUGGACCACAAUGCAAACUGUAUGGAUGAAUUAAGUGUAAAAUAUUCCAGCGAUGAUAACUCACUACCUCAGUAUUUAUUAAACAUUUUUUGUACUGUGA